GAGCCUUAAGAGGCGGGAGUUUGGGGCCAGUUCUGACAGGCCGGUGGCUUGAGUUCCCAGAGUUCCUAUUGGGUCAAUGAGGGAGCUCCAAGAUGGCGGCAGCGGCGACCUGCGGCACCGGCACCGGGAGCACUGGAUCUGUGGUGGCGACAGCCAGAAAGAACAACGUCACCAGUUUCCAGCGGAGGAGUCCUAGGUCUAGUGGUACCGACAGCACCUCUUCUCGACUGGUAUCCAUCGCGGGCACCCUACCGUCUCUGCGGAAUGGGCAGCUGCUAGUAUCAACUGGGCUCCCAGCCCUGGACCAGCUUUUAGGUGGAGGUUUGGCUGUUGGAACAGUUCUUCUAAUUGAAGAGGAUAAAUAUAAUAUUUAUUCUCCUUUGCUCUUCAAGUACUUCCUGGCAGAAGGAAUUAUCAGUGGGCAUAAUUUGUUGAUUGCAUCAGCAAACGAAGACCCUACUGACAUUGUACAGGAGCUUCCUGCACCAUUACUUGAUGAUAAUUGUGAAAAAGAAUUUGGUGAAGAUGUAUGCAGUCAUAAAACACCAGAAUCUAACAUUAAGAUGAAAAUUGCCUGGCGUUACCAGUUAUUACCUGAGAUGGAGGCUAGACCAGUGUCAUCUUCAGGAUUUGGCCACUAUUAUGAUAUAUCAAAAAAGAUACCACAAGAACUAAUUGAGGCUUCAAAAUGGCAUGGAUUUUUUCUUCCAGAAAAAAUAUCAACUCUUAACAUAGAACCCUGCUCUUUGACCCAUGGCUAUGUGAAGCUGCUUCAGUUUAUCCAGAACAUCAUUUAUGAGGAAGGAUUUGAUGGAUCCAAUCCCCAGGUAAAAAAACAGAAAAACAUUUUAAGAAUAGGAAUCCAGAAUCUUGGUUCACCUUUGUGGGGAGAUGACAUUUGCUGUACAGAAAAUGAUGACAAAAGUCACAGUCUUACAAAGUUCCUCUAUGUCCUCCGUGGUCUUCUGCGGACCUCUCUUUCAGCCUGUAUCAUCACAAUGCCAACACAUCUUAUCCAGAAUAAAGCAAUUCUUGCUCGUGUUACAAAUUUGUCAGAUACGGUAAUUGGUUUGGAAUCAUUUAUUGGUUCUGAGAGAGAAAUCAACCCAUUAUAUAAGGAUUAUCAUGGUUUGAUUCAUAUUCGGCAGAUUCCUCGGCUUAAUAACUUGAUUUGUGAUGUGUCAGAUGUCAGAGACUUAGCUUUUAAAUUAAAAAGGAAGCUGUUCACCAUUGAGGCCAAGCCCAAUUUCUUCUAAACCAUGGGUCAGUGAGCUCAUACUGAUUCUCAUAUGAAUGAUGGGCUCAACUGUGCAAAGAUACCAACUACCAAUACCUAGUUCUAGUUAUCAUCAUUAUGAACAAUGUACAAUAGAGCAGUAUGAAUUUGAAUGCAUUACUUCCUUUAAUUUCACUGACUAUGACAAUCCUGUACACCAUCAGAGUUUGUGCACAUUUGUAAAUUAUUACAUUUUUAAAUGUUAUUACUAUGUAGUAACGAAAGAGCAUAAAACAAGCAAAAUAUUAUUCUGUUACACAUAUUUGUUAUUUUUCCUUGUUAAGCAUCAUUGGAAGAAAAAAGAAUACACUUCUAUUUGAAUGGUCUUAAUAAGGUAAAGUUUUGUAUUUAGUAAAUGAUCUUUUAUAAUCAAAUGUAAGUUUAAGAACAACAGGAUUUCACCAGAAUAUGAGACAUAUGUCCUUUAGUAGCUUUACCACAUCCUCCCAAACGAAAACAAUAUUAUAUUAAUAAAUCGUAAGAGGCUUGUAUUAGCUCAAUAAAUAAAUAUAUUUAAAAUAAAAGUUAGAAAAGGAUUUCUUUAAAUACUUAAGUCUGUAUCAUACUAUUCUAGUGAUGUCAAAUACAAUUUUCAUUUUUAAAAGAUUUUAGUUAGAAAUUUAAUCUUUGAAAAUAUUAAUAACAGCUUACAGCAGGUAAGCUAUAAAAUAACACUGGAUGCUGCCUAUUUAGUUUCUGGUUGAAAAAGCACAGCAGUACUUUAGUUCAUUACCUUUGAAAAAAACAGUAACAAGAUAAUACAGCUGCCUCUGAUUAAGAUGUAAAUUCUUUCUAAUUAGAAUGUAAAUUCUUACAUUUAAAUGAAGACAUCAAUUGUCAGGAUGCCAUAUGAUAUCUUAUUCCACCUUGCCUGAAUGAAGCCCUAACUGCUCAUCUAUGGCACUAAAAUAGUUUUGCAAUCCCUUUGUUCUCUGAUUCUUGUAAUAUUCUCUCUUCAUGUUCCCUUUUCACAUUGCUUUUGUUUGUUUCCCCCUUGCAUCUGAUAUUGUUGUGCCUUGGGAUUUUGCAGAAAUUUGGAAUGAAAAUUGAGUUCAGUCAGUGCCAGUAUUUGCUUGUGCCUCAAUUACUUCUGCUGAAUUUUCCUCAAUGCAAAUCAGGCAGGUUGCAUAAAGUGGUGCAUGUAUUUGAAAUAAUUAAUUUUCCGUAAAAUGAUGGAUCAAGUCCAAUCAACCUUCAUGAAAUCUAAAUAAUAGGAUAGAGAAUUAGAAAUUAAUUAACAUUUUGUGCUGUUAAUGCUUUAUAGUAUGAACUAGCAGUAGUAAGUUUUACUGUUGAUUGUAACUUUUUCC